CAAAAGGAAGGGCAUGGUGUGGAUGGAGCAUCCCUCCCAAGAAGCCCCUGGAAGCCUGGUUCGCUCCGGGAGAAGUCUAGGCAGACAGAGUGGAAAGACAGUUGUAACCAAGUCCCCAGCAACUGUCGGGGUAAAAGCUCGGUGGGGGCUCUGAGCCCUUCUGACAGCACUCCAGAAGAUGAGGGAAGCUUCCAGACUGUGUGGGCCACAGUGUUUGAGCAUCACGUGGAGAGACACACAGUGGCUGACCAGUCGCGACACUGUCCCUCGGCCACGCCACACAGAGAUGUGGCAGAUGCCCAUGUCUCAGAAGCCAGACCCAGGCACGAGAGAAGCUCUUGGCUGGGGAAGGACCUGCCGGAAAAGACAAACCUCACGAAACAGAACUCCAGAUGGGUUGAAAAUCCCAAUACAGAGAAAUGGGGACAGACCACCCUUUCGAAUGGUGAACCCAAACAGUAUCACGUGCCCCUCCCGGAAGAACACCCUUUGGAUGAAAAACGCCAUAAAAACCCCUUCCUCCAACACUCCGAAAAUCCUCCCCCAUCCCAGAGGGUCGAGCCCAAGUAUGACAUCCUGCACACGGUGGGCAAGCGUGUGCACAGUGAGGCCGUCUCCACGGCGUUGGAGGAAAAAGCCGUGACCCUGAGAAGUGGCAGGUCUCAGCUCUCACCGAAGGAGAGACAGCAGUCCCAUGAGGUCACCCCUGCUGACCCAGAGCGCAGGCUGGGAGGUCAGGCAGGGUCUGUCCAAAGGGCCAGUUUGAUUUGGGAAGCUCGAGGGACUCAUGAAGUCAGUGGGCCAAAGCCGGACUUCCGAGAGCCGAAGGACACGUUUGGGGGCAAUUGCCUGUCACCCAAAUGGACAGGUGGGGUGACCGUGAACUGGCAUAAAGCCACUGUGGUGGCCAGUGAAGAGAAAGGCUCGGAACCGGGCCCCGAGAUCAACAGCGAGCGCUCAGCCAGGCCCUGCGGCCCCCAAGCCAGCUCUGGGAGGGCCACCCAGGCUGCCGUCUGGGAGGCCCUGCAGGAGGGGCCUGAUGAGGCCAGGAAUAAGUCAGGAGGCUGCAGCUCAGCGGGAGAAAGGGGUCCCCCCUGGGGGUGCCCUCUGGAUCUUCCUCCCAGGGGUAAGGACGAGCCGUCUGACUUCUGGGCAAGGUCGCAUCCAGAAGAGUGGGUGCAGAAGGGACCCCUCGCUGUGGCUGCUGGUGAGGGUGAGCCACAGCCGGCCCAGGCACCGGAGCCCGAGGCCAAGAUGCAGAAGGCGGGUCCCCUGGACCAGAGGUUCGAGAGGUGGCGGCGGCGGACGUUGCCCCACGACGUGAAGUUUGACGAAUUCAGCUUCCUGGCCCCAGAAAACUCUUGGAAGGUGGAGCAGAGACGAACAGACCAUUGGAGCCCCACCCCAAGUGCCUUAAGAAAACCUGAGCUAUCCCACCACAGGGUGGAGACCCAGGAGGUGAGCCCAGGUGCUUCCCAGGACCCGACUAGGCCAGCCGUGAAGCAGGGGUCCUCUUUGGAACCCAGGGCGACAUUUUUUGCAGUGACGUAUCAGAUUCCCGAUACUCAAAAAGCAAAGAGCGUUGUUAAGCCAGGGCCUGAAAACUUGAUGGAACAUUCUAGAAAAACAGUCCCACCUCCUUCUCAUCCUCUAACAUCCACAUUGGUUUCUCUUAACCAUGAAGAGCCACUGGAGGCCAAGGGCAGUAACAACUGGGCUAAGGGCAAAGAGCGCCAUAGCGCAAGCUGUUCAAAACCUCCGAAGCCAGCAGACCACCCAUCACCUCUUGGGUACAAGACUCUGGAUCCUUCUAGUGAAAGAAGCAUGGAUGCUGAUGCUUUAUGGAUCCGCUGGGGACCAGAAGAUGGCAUCGGUUUUCAGAGCAAUCGGAAGGAUAGUGGGAACAGGACACCCCCCAGCAAUGCCCCCAAAAGCCACCUGGAAGCCAGCGAUCUCCUCAUCAGAAGGGACCCUGAAGUGGUCAGUGCGAGGGUCCCAGGGAAAAUCAAAGAUGGCUACAGAUCCAGCGUUCUCGACAUUGACGCCCUGAUGGCGGACUACAAGAAGCAGGAGGGCCAGGAGUCAGUGGUGGGUACGCCCACAGCGUCCAGCGGCUCGACUUUGGAGAGGCCUGGCCGGCAAGGCAGGGUGGACCCAAGAAGGAGGAGCUCGAAGGAGAGGUCUGAAGCUGAGGGUCUCCGGAAACCAGCCAGUUUUGCCGAAGCAAACCACGGUUCCAGUCCUGGCUCCGGCCAGCAGCCAGCAGAGGCCCCAGGGGCAGCCGCGAACCCCACACUCAGCCCUCGUCUGUGGGCUUUGCCACUCUCAGCUCCUAAUGAAAAGUAUCCAGGGGCCUCUUCUGGCCCCGCGGGUCCCUGGGGACAAGUUUUGGGAACCCCUGAGGGUGACAGAAAGGAUUUGGUUAGUAAACCUCAGAGUGCAAAGUAUCCGAACUCCCCAGACGAGUCAAAGCCCACUCCCUGGGAGGAUCUGGGCAGUGGGGCCAGCGUGUUGGCCAGAUCCUCUCCCACUGACCAGAGGAAAGGGACCCCAAGGAAAUCCAUUGGGAGAGGAGAGGAGGACAGUGUGGUCCAGCGGGGUGAUCACUCAUACGACUGUGGCAGGUCACCGCUGAGUGUCAAGAGGGCCUAUUCGGAGAAGGGGCCCCCUGCCAAAGUCCGAGAGGGCCUGUCUGUCAUGCAGGAAGCCAGAGAGAGGAGGCAAGAGCAACCCAGAGGGAGGUCCAGCCUCCCCGGAGACAGUUCUGAGGCCAAGGAGGCCAAAAUGGGUCCCUGCCGGCGAGAGUCGGGGACUCGAGACGGUCAAAAGGACCUGGGGAAGGAGGAUGCCCUGCCGGACAAGGAGCAGCCACUCUGGCAGGGGUCCCCCGUAGCCUCGGGCCCCUGGAGGAGCCACAGUUUCUGCAAGGACAAGAGGAGCGGGCCAUUCGUGUCAAGGCUGGCCCAGGGGCCCAAGGAGGCCGAGGGUGGCGGGGGCCUGUCCAAGAAUCUGGUGUUGCCGGACUGGCUGCGCGGUGGUUCUUGA